AUGGCAUCUUUCACGGUAGAGGCAUGCUGGAACCACUGGAAGGCUUUGCUACGAAUAUUGGGUUAUGUCGGCAGGACUAUUCACCACGGUAUCACAUAUGGCGGAAAUAAUGAGCACGCUCAAGGAGUCGAAGGCAGCGAUAUCGACUAUUAUUCCAUUGACCACAACAUCGAAGGGCACGUCGGCUCUGCAGGCCUACAAGAUGGGGAAGCGUUCUCUGACACCGACUACGCUACUGAUCCAAGGGACCGGAAGAGUAUCCUGGGGUUCAUCUUUAUGGUCUACGGAGGCGCCGUCAUGACGUAUAGCAAGAAGAUGAAAUCAGUGGCAAGAUCUACGACAGAAGCAGAGGUUAUACAACCUCAAGAAGAUGUACGCCUACGCCAACCUAUUUCUGCUCAGGAAUUUAUGCGCGGAACCGACUUCGCGGCCGAUUUUUCCGCUAUAGACCCUCAGCUUCGAUUCAAAGAUAUCUCAGUCGAUAAUAUAACGGAGAUACAUGCAACCACGUACGCAGCUAAGGCCCUUAAAGCCUAUACUCUUGAGAAGAUGUGGGAUGAUGAAGUCUUCCAUGCUUUCCAACAAGACUUUGAAGGAUGGACGCUAGACAUGUUCCUUAUGGUUGAAAUUUCAUACCGGCGGGAGCUCCGCCGGUUUCCUACUUGGGACCCUGAGGAAUUCACAAAACAGAUAUUUGACGUACGAUCAAAUGCUUCCUGGCAACAACAAGCCCUCGCAACGCCUUCUUCCCGAGAGAAUAUCCAAAAUCCGACCCAAGACCAGUCACCAAGGGACCAGCCUACAACCCAAGCCCAGGCUUUGCAACAGCAGCAACAGGUUGUUUCCCAAGGACCCCAGAGGCCUCCUGAGCAAGCCCAACAGAUGACCCCAAGGAACCUUAUUCCAAGCCCCAUUUUCCCAGGAAAGCUUUCCCAAGACAUCCCCACUCAACAGACCCAGACGAACCUGACGGGCAUCAGCCGUACAAGGCCCUGCCCCUCGUUCCGUUCGAACGAACGGCUUGACCCCGCCGUUUCUGCCCAGUUUCUAAAGACCUUUGACAAAGACCAAAAGUACACAGGCGAGCCCUACGACCUCCUUGACGAUAAGAUGAAGAUCUUUUCAACAUCUGCUUCCAUGCACAGAUCCGGGAGACCCAAUUCUAUGCGGUAUUUCCUAGGAUUCUUAACGGACGAGCAGAAACCUUCUACCUUCAUUACGUCGAUCAAGACGAUACAUUUGCAAUAG